AAGAAUCGUUUCUCGAAUAAUCGAAUCAGAAUCUCGCAUAACUAGUCUCUAGUCUCGAUCUCGGCUGCAAGAAGUUCGAAGAUGAGGAAGGUCUGAAGAAUUAAUUGAAUAAUAUUUAAUAUCAACUGUGUUUUUGACGCAAGAUGAAACAUCAGAAAAAUCGUGAAGUGACGUGGACCACUCUAGAACUCAGAGGUCUUCUAGAAGACGAGGAUUCUCAUGUGCACUUUGUGAGGACCAUCAAGCACGUUGCAUUACAUCCAUAUCACUUGAACAAUAUUCAACGAGGUCUAAAUCAGAUUUUAAGAUCGUUGUUGAAUACUUAUGACAGAGAAUUGAAAGGGUUUGUACUGGCUUUUAAAAAUCCUAAGUUGCUUAGCAAUUUAGGAGAAUUGUUUUAUGAUUCUCCCUUUAUUCAUGUCAACAUUGAAGCAGAUUUCUAUUUGUUCCGUCCAAAGACUGGAUUUUUUCUGAAAGGUAUAGUGAAUAAGAAGAGUUUGGAUUAUAUUGUAAUACUGGUACACAAAAUAUAUACCGUAUCUAUUCCAAAACCAGAUAAUACAGAGCAAUGGUUAGGUGAGUCAGUGAAGAUUAGUCAGGAAGUAAGAUGUUGCGUCACUCAACUACAUCAUAAGAGCAAACCUCCUUUCAUCUGCGCCAGUUUGAAAUCCGAUUAUUCGCAAGGUUGUAGGUUGUCAGAAAGCAUAAUUAAUAUUGAUGUGGACAGUCCAAUUGAAAGUACAAAUAACUCCAUGAAGAUUGACAUUGAUGGAAUAUUGGAAAAUGAUGGCAUUUCUGAGAAAGAGAAGAAAAAACAGAAAAAACACCGGAAAAAACACAAAUUUCAAGAACAGAAUUCAGAAAUAGUUUGUAAAAUUGAAAAUGAAUCAGAAUUGAACGUAGGAAGCAAUACUUCUACAAUUAUUAAAUCUGAAAAGAAACAGCAAUGUAUUUUAUUAAACAUUGAUGUAGACAGUGCAACUGAAAAUACAAAUAACUCUAUGAAAAUUGAUGGAAUAUUGGAAAAUGAUGGUAUUUCUGAGAAAGAAAAGAAAAAACAGAAAAAACACCGGAAAGAACACAAGUUUCAGGAGCGGAAUUCAGAAAUUGUUUGUAAAAUUGAAAAUGAAUCAGAAUUGAACGCAGGAAGCAAUACUUCUACAGUUAUUAAAUCUGAAAAGAAACAGCAAUGUAUUUUAAAUAUUGGUGUGGACAGUGCAACUGAAUGUUCAAAUAACAUGAAGAUUGACAUUGAUAGAAUAUUGAAAAAUGAUGAUAUUUCAGAGAAGAAAAAACAGAAAAAACAUCGGAAAGAACACAAGUUUCAGGAGCAGAAUUCAGAAGUUGUUUGUAAAAUUGAAAAUGAAUCAGAGUUGAACGUAGGAAGCAAUAUUUCUGCAAUUAUUAAAUCUGAAAACAAACAGCAACGUAUUUUAUUAAAUAUUGGUGUGGAGAAUGCAACUGAAAGUUCAAAUAACUCUAUGAAAAUUGACAUUGAUGGAAUAUUGAAAAAUAAUGGUAUUUCAGAGAAAGAGAAGAAAAAACAGAAAAAACAUUGGAAAGAACACAAGUUUCAGGAGCGAAAUUCAGAAGUUAUUUGUAAACUUGAAAAUGAAUCAGAGUUGAACGCAGGAAGCAAUACUUCUACAGUUAUUAAAUCUGAAAAGAAACAGCAAUGUAUUUUAAAUAUUGGUGUGGACAGUGCAACUGAAUGUUCAAAUAACAUGAAGAUUGAUAUUGAUGAAAUAUUGGAAAAUGAUAUUUCUGAGAAAGAGAAGAAAAAACAGAAAAUACACCGGAAAGAAUAUAAGUUUCAAGACCGGAAUUCAGAAGUUGUUUGUAAAAUUGAAAAUGAAUCAAAGUUGAACGUAGGAAAUAAUACUUCUACAAUUAUUAAAUCUGAAAAGAAACAGCAAUAUAUUUUAUCAAAUACUGGUGAUUCCUUAAAUGAUUUGGAAGUCGAUAAUAUCCCUAAAAAACAUAAGAAGAACAAGAAAAUGUCCAAAUCGCUACUUAAUAAUGAAACAAUUUUGGACGAACUUACUGUGUCACGUAAAGCUGCAAAGAGAAAAAAAUCCAUUCUGUUAGAUAGUAUUACUGAAACAGAGAUAAAAAAGGAAAAGAAAUGUGAAGAAAUCUAAAGAAUCUGAUUCAGAACUUAUAUUAACAAAGAAAACGAAGAAGAAAUAGUUAAAAGUACAAAGAAUAUUAUUCCCUAUUUUAAAUGUAAAGAAAAGCAACAUAUACUUAAGAAGCAUGUAUUAAACGUCAAUACUUUUUCAAAUAAUUUAGAAAAUAGUGUAUCUACAAAAUAUAAUAAAAGCAAAAAGCCACCUAUAAUGUGAAAUUCGGAAUCAGAGACUCACAUUGUUAAAAUAAAGACUGAAAAGUAAGUUCUAUGUAUAAAUAGAAUUAUUAAUGAAAGAGCAAAAAGCCAAACAUCAUGUAAUAAGACUCAAGUCAUACAAAAUUUGAAUGAAACUUUUGAAAUGCCUAAGUUUAUGAAAAAAGGAAAUUUCAUUAAAUAUGACACUUGAAUGAAAAAGGAAAGGAGUCUUAAGAAACAUAAUUCAAGAGACUCAUGAUCAAAAUCUAUCGAAAUUAAAAAAGAAUGACAUAAUCAGUGAUGUCCAUAACUUCAAAUAAGGAAAGGAAAAAAAGUCUUCAGAAACAUGCAAAUGUAGAUCGUUUAAUCAAUCAGAGGCAUUUGUUUCUAUAGAUUGUGUUUCUCAUAUAUACGUCCUAUGAGAUUAAUAUUGUUUAUAAAUAUAAUGUUUAGAAACUCUCAAUCUUAAAAUAGUAAUAAUAAAGAUG